AUGUCGCUCCCGGGCCUAGAGCUAACGCAGCCAUUGGAUGACAGGUCGCAGGUCCCUGCACUGCCAUCCCAGAUCACCUUGGCCCCAUGUUCGGAGUGGCGGUUUGAAGUCGCAUUUGGUCACAUUAUCAAGGUCAAGCUUCUCAAUGGGACCGCUGAGCUUUUUGGUACAGAGCUAGCGGAAUCGCAAAGCUACACAUUCACGGGCACAAAGGCAGCAAUCUACACAUGGCAUGGCUGCGCGCUAGAAGUCACCGCGGUCGAUUCACCACCAACAACAUCUGAUGGAGUCACCCCGACACUGGGCCAUGGUGCAGGAGGGUGCCAGAGCGAGUACACAGCCGAGGAGACCCCAAUGAUGGAAUACGCCAACAUUCACUUUGCGCUGGAGACAUUGCGGGAAGAGGCGCAAUCAAUCGGCAAGGAUGGCCCGCGCGUGCUCCUGCUCGGCUCUGAAAAUACUGGAAAGACCACUGUGGCUAAGAUCCUGACUGCAUAUGCGACGAAAAUCGGCCGCCAGCCACUGGUUGUGAACCUCGACCCGACAGAGGGCAUGUUGAGCGUCCCUGGCACACUGACCGCGACUGCAUUCCGUACCAUAUUGGACGUUGAGGACGGCUGGGGAAGCAGUCCCAUGUCUGGGCCCAGUCCCGUACCAGUCAAGUUACCGCUUGUGUACAGCUAUCCGAUGAAAAAGCCCCUUGACGGCGAAGGCGCUGUCUACCGAUCAAUUGUAUCGCGUCUCGCGCUCUCUGUUACGGGUCGUAUGGCAGAGGACGAGGAUGCGCGCGAAACAGGAAUUAUCGUUGAUACCCCCGGAAUCCUCGGUUCAGACAAGCCCGGCAGCAUGGAACUUAUCAACCACAUUGUCACCGAGUUUGCGAUUACCGUCAUCCUAGUCCUGGGCUCAGAGCGCCUGUACAGCACUGUCGCAAAACAAUACGACAAUAAGCCCAGCUCCAGCGCAACAGCUGCCGUCUUCGACGAACACGUGUCCGUCAUCAAGCUGACCAAAUCCGGUGGCUGUGUUGACCGUGAUGAAGCCUUCCGCAAGGCAACCCGCGAGUCUCAAAUUCGCUCUUAUUUCUUCGGCAAUCCUAUCCCACUCUCCUCUCCCUCUUCCGCCAUCACUCUCUCCCCUCAUGCACAACAACUUGAUUUCGCCGCCCUCUCUGUUUACAACUACACCCUAACCUCAACCGACGAUGAAGAUGAAGACGAAUACGACCCCUCCCAGCUGGGAACAGGCGAUUCAUUCCUCCCUGGGGGCGGUAUAAAUGAUUACACCCAAGAACAAAAGCAAGACCCAGACCGCGCCGCCCCCUCCCUGGUGUCCAACGGCAGCAACAUUCCGCUGAAAAAGGUCCUUCCCCCUGCUCCUUCUACUCUGGCCAAUACCCUCCUUGCCAUUACUCAUGUUCCCACCACCGCAUCCCCAUCUGAAGUCCGCGACGCGAGCAUCAUGGGCUUCUUGUAUGUCGCCGAUGUAGAUGCGGACAAGGGCAAGAUCCGUGUGCUUGCACCUGUUGGCGGAAGAAUGCCCUCGCGUGCUAUUAUCUGGGCAAAGCGUUGGCCUGGUGAGUUGGUGGGAUUGGUUGGUUAG